AUGGCGGCGUACUACAAUGAAGUCCGCAAGCUCGAAGACAAGUUCAACGGACUAGAGAUCAACCACGUCGCAAGGCGUUCCAACAAGGCAGUUGAUGAACUGGAGCCAGGAAGGGUCGGCGAUGCGCCACCCACCCCGGACUCGGGCGCCGACCCGGAAGAGGUCGGCAACGCGCCACCUGUCCCGGACUCGGACGCCGACCCUGGAAAGGUCGGUGACUCUCCAUCUGGCCUGGACCCGGAGGCCGACCCCUCCAACCCCGAAGUCAUGGAGAUCGACGCAAACCUGGCAAUAGAGCCCAACCCCCCGCCUGACUGGAGAGCCCCGUACCUCAACUACCUCAUCCGCGAGACGCUCCCGACGAACAAGACGGAGGCAUGCAGGAUUGCACGUCGUGCCAAAUCCUUUGUCAUCAUCGACUAG